CACAUCUAUAAUUGAUAAUUUCUCGAUGGGUACUAAGGUAAAUAAAAGAAGAGGUGCCUGCUUGCAAAGUAGUUUUGUGUUAGAUAGCGGUCCUAUCGGUCUUCAAUAUGAACCGGAAUAUAGAUCCCCGCUGCAAUCAGCUGUUGAAAAAGUUAACGAACUGCCCUCGUUAGCGGCACAAUUAUCAUACACAACAAUUGCUGGGGAUACGUGUGUCCCUUUCGAUUGCAUGACAACCGACGAAACAGAGCACAAAGAGGCGCCAGCGGCGCCUACCGCGGUUUCGGUAGGAGUGAAAGAGAGCAGCUGCCGGGCGACCGCCGGAUGCGCCGACUAUGUUGGAGUGAGCGGGACGGAGAUGGAGGCGGAGCGUGUUGAGGCCUCUAUAACGGGCACUGCGGUUUCGGCGGAACCGGUCCUAUCGGCAACUUGCGCGGGCGACGCGAACGCGUCUCCUACCACAAGUUCGAGAUCGGUGAGUGAAAACGUUAUGAGCGCGAUAAAUCGUGCUGCGCGAGUGCCGCGAGUUAAUAUGUCAAUCCCAAGUGCGAGUUCGGGUCCACUGGUAAGGGACACUAAUUACUUCGAAUGGCAGGUAGUGAAAAAUAAAUCGGCGAAACGUUAUAAACUUAUAGGUCAAAAGGGCUGCGCAGUGACUGAGCCAAAUGGUAAAUUUAGAGCGGCUGAUGUCAAAGUGCCGCUUUUAAUUUCGAAUGUCAGUAAGGACACAAGUGAAGAUGACAUUAUUACAUACAUUAAGGACAAAACAAGUGAAAUAGUGGCUUUAAAAAUGAUAAAUAUGAAAAAAAAUAAGGAGUACAAUGCAUAUAAGUUGUUUGUAUCUAAGAGUAAAUUAAACUUAUUUCUUGAUGAUAACUUUUGGCCUAACGGUAUAACUUUUAGGCGUUUUGUACGCUUUAUGUACAAAACAAGAUCAGAGAAGUUAGGUACAGUUUCUAAAUAAUUAUUUUUAUGUCUAUGGACCCUAAGUGUGAUCUUAAGUUAAUUAGUUUCAACUGUAAGGGUGCUAAACGUUCACUAGAUGACAUUCGUGAGUUGUGUAAAGUUUAUGACUUGGUGGCCUUACAGGAAACAUGGUUACUCCCCCAUGAUAUACCGAUAUUGGGAACUAUAUAUAAUAAUUUUGAAUACACCGGUAAGUCGGCGGUAGAUACCUCUGCGGGUUUAUUGGUUGGCAGACCAUAUGGGGGAGUAGCCAUCCUAUGGAGAAAGGGUAUUUUUGAUAAGGUUACAAUUCUAGAUUGUAAAAGCACCCGUUUGGCUGCAAUCCGGGCUACAUUGGGUGAUCGCUCCAUUCUUGUCUUUACGGUUUAUAUGCCUACUGACUCUCUCAACAAUUUGCCGGUCUUUACUGAGGUGUUGGGUGAAGUAAGCGCAAUAGUGGCGAGCGAAGAUGUUGAGAGUCUAUUUGUCUUGGGUGAUUUCAACGCUCAUCCUAAUGAGUUAUUCUUUAAAGAACUUAACAACUUUUGUCUUGACCAAUGCUGGGUUUGUGCCGAUCUAGAAAGGCUCGGGUUGCAGUCGGACACUUACACAUUUGUCAGUGAGGCCCAUGGAUGCAGACGAUGGCUUGACCAUUGUAUUGUUUCAAUGUCAGCCGAAAAAACCAUUGUAAGGAUGAGUGUAAUAGAGGAUGUAUUUAUAUCAGAUCAUUUACCCCUACUUAUACAGUGUAAUUUAAAUGUUGUACGGCCUAAGUUAUUGUCCCAGAGCAUACGUC